UAAACUCACGUCAUCAACCACUCACCACAUAUCACAAACACAUCAUGAUAACAACAACAAGCUAUUUACAAACGUUUGGAUGAGAAACACAUUUUCAUAGUACAAACAUAUUGAUAAAAAAAAACAAUGAUGACCGUCGCAUUUUGAUAGCUAGUACAUGCUGAAAAAAGGUCCACACAUAUAGACACCUCACACAACAUGACUCAACGCAUCCAUUAAGAAAUACCCACGGCAAUCAUAUUAGUCUGGCAUGUUACAAGUCUAUCAAAGCAUUGGGAAUUUGUGUGAGAUAGUGGGAAAAAAGGCCGCAGUCAGUUGUUCAUAGUCCUAUCUUUACAGGCUUCUUAAAAUGUGCCCGGCACGCCCAUCAGAUCACUGAACCCCCCCUGCCCCACGUGACCAGCCGCCAUGAUGCACCUCACCAUUGAAAUGAUUCCACUGUUCAUGGCUAUGGUAAUCGUCGUGCCGCUGACGUCAGAGGUCGUGAGAUCAGUGCUGGAGGAAAAACUGGACUUUGACCACUUGAUCGACCGAAAUCUGCUCAGGGUGGUGGAGAUUUUGAUCGCGUUCAUGGUGUUCCCCACAGCGCUGGUCUACAUCAUCUGCAUGGGCGCCUACCUGCUGUGUGUGGAGAUGUCCCUGGUCUCCAUAGCUCUGGUCAACUACAUCAAGGGGCCGCGCAUCAUCGAGAACUUCUUCUACUACGUCUCAGUCGUCUCCGUGUUCCUGGGCUGCCUGCUCAUGGUCGAGCUCCUCUUGAAGUUUAUCUACGCGGCCUUGUAGCAAGGAGACAUUGAUUUCCUGGUCUCGUGAACAGUUGAUUUGUUGAUCAAAUAGUUGUCGAACACGGACAUAGGUCAGCCGUGCAUGAAUGUUUACCUGUGUUCUUUUUUUCCCACUCAUUCCAUCGCUAUUGUAACACCAGAGUGCCAGAGCCUAAAGCAACACAUAUCAUUGUUAAGGUAUAUCUGUCAUCCAUAUUUC